AUCUUUAUAUCCACAUUGUUAUUUAAUUUUCCUUUUCCUUUUUCCAUCUUGUUGACCUCUACAAGACCAAUUAUUCGGAUUAAUAAAUUAGGAAAGCAAACAUAGUCUCAUUCACAUUCGGUUUGCCGUGUUAUUUGAUCCGUUUUCAUUGAAUAUUCAAUUUAAUUCAUAAUCUAUUUAAAGAUCGGCUUGUGGCUAAUUUUCUUAGAAUCACAUCAAUAUUUUUUGAAAAUAGAUAAGUUGGUUAUUUGAAAAGUUAAUUCGUUAAUGGCGACUGCUAUUGGAAUGCUGGGAAACGUUGGGGGUUGCGGCUCUGCAUCUGCGUCUUGGAUUCGUUUGAAAAACUGCUCAAAGAAGAAGACGAAGGGUGAGAAUGUUAGAUUUAAGGUAUCGUGUGUUUAUUCCCCUUCUGUGAGUGAUCCUUACAAGACGUUGAGGAUUCAGCCUGGUGCUUCUGAAUCUGAAGUCAGGAAAGCUUUUAGACAGCUUGCUCUUCAGUAUCACCCGGAUGUGUGCAGAGGAAAUAAUUGCGGCAUCCAAUUUCACCAAAUCAAUGAAGCAUACGAUGUUGUGAUGAGUAACUUGAGAGGUGAAACGAAGAGGGCAGAGAUGGAGAUAUACGAGGAAUAUGAUGAUGGUGAUUCCAUGAGAGGAGUGAACGAUCCAGAUUGGGACAUGUGGGAAGAGUGGAUGGGAUGGGAAGGAGCUGGCAUUCGUGACUAUUCUUCUCACAUCAACCCUUAUAUUUAAUAUAAUCUUUAAUCUCGACUAUACUUACCUCGACGGGAUCAAUGGACGAUCAAAAAGGUCCAUGGCCUAGGCUGGAACCUAAAAUUAUCGUAAGUGAUCGAGCUUACAUCAUAAUUUAUGGUUUAAAAAAGAAUUUGGACUAUAGUAUUUCUGUUCAAAAAGCCCAUCCAUCUCUUUCAACUGAAGAUGGUUCGUGGUUUCUGUAUAUUUUCAAUGUAAAAAGUGUAAUUAUUUUGUACAUAAAUGGGAGUUUCUCCUAUGUGAUUAUUAAUUGUUAAGAUGUGAUGGACCGAUGGUGAUAUCAAUAUGAACUUAUAUUACUGGCUGAUUUUGUAUCAAUGGGGAAAUAAUUAUGAAGAUUAUGGCUUUGA